UCUGCAGGCCUGCAAGAAGACGAUUCAUCUGAAACGACCAUGCUGCCGGUUCUUCCUUACGACGACGAUACAGUGGUUGCCGCAAACCAGACGCUGAUCGACAACUUCGAAGCCUUUCUGGAGCACGCCUGGAACGAUGUGCUUUGGUUGUCGUGGUUGCUGGUAGUGCUGACGCUGUUGGGUUGCUUCUGUAGCCAUCAUUCCGACCUACGGCAGCGUUUGAUAGGGGCACGGAUGCGCAUAGCCAGCUGCUCCGUGAUCUACCGCAAGACGCUCCGCAUGUCGAAGAAGGCCGCCGGUCGAACACCGGCCGGCUACAUGAUUAACCUGCUGUCGAACGACGUAAGUCGGCUGGAUUAUGGAUUCAUCUACAGCCACUACGUUUGGGUGCUUCCGUUUCAGGCCUGCUUCACCUGCUAUCUGAUCUGGCGCCGCGUACAAUGGGCCGCGCUCGUCGGAGUGAUUGGAUUGCUGGUCAAAACCAUCCCAGUCCAGACGGGGUUGAGUCGGCUGAGUUCGAUCAUUCGGAUGCGGGUGGCGAAAAAGACCGAUCAGCGGGUCGGCAUCAUGAACGAGUUGAUUCAGGGCAUCCAGGUGAUCAAGAUGUAUGCCUGGGAGAAACCGUUCCACAAGGUGGUUUCGAUUGCGCGCAAGAAGGAAGUGCGCCAGAUACGGUGGGCCUCGUACAUCCGGGGGAUCUACCUCAGCACGAUGGUGUUUACGGAGCGCUCGACCCUGUUCCUAGCGAUCGCCUGUUGCGUCAUCGAGGGACGCUCUAUUACCGCCGACAUCGUGUUCCCGAUGGCACAGUUCUUCAAUGCGCUUCAGCUGACGGCAGCGAUCUUCUAUCCGAUGGCCGUGUCGCUCGGUGCUGAAGCACUCGUGUCGAUCGAUCGCGUUCAGGAGUUUUUGGCACAGGAGGAACACGACCCGAAUGCACAAGCGGCAGCAUCCGGGUUGCACAGAAACGCACCGAAUGAUAUGGUCGACGACGGUAGCAGUAGACCAGCGAUCGAGCUACAGAACGUAACCGCAAGCUGGGAGGAAACGACUGAAAAAACACUGAAGGACAUCAGUGUAAAGAUCGGGCCCGGGAAGCUCCUGGCAGUAAUCGGCCCGGUUGGGUCGGGGAAAAGCUCAUUGUUGCAGUUGCUGCUGGGAGAGCUGCCCAUCCAGAAUGGCACCGCUACGAUCUACGGGGACAUAUCGUACGGUUCGCAGGAACCGUGGCUUUUUACCGGCACCGUGAGGAAUAACAUCCUGUUCGGACUGCCGUACGAUCGGCAGCGUUAUCAGACGGUAGUGCGACACUGUGCUCUGUCCACCGACUUUCAGCAGCUUCCCGAUGGUGAUAAAACGGUGGUCGGUGAACGUGGUACCUCGUUGUCCGGUGGCCAGCGGGCACGCGUGAGCUUGGCGCGUGCCGUCUACAACAACGCGUCGAUCUAUCUGCUGGACGAUCCGCUCAGUGCGGUCGAUGCCCACGUCGGUAAGCAUCUUUUCGACGAGGUGAUCGGCCCGCGGGGCUAUCUGGCACAGAAGCACCGUUCGACCCGUGUUCUCGUGACACACCAAGUUCACUUCCUGAAGGAGGCCGAUUGGAUAGUGAUCGUCGAAGGAGGAAAGCUGGUCACGCAAGGCACGUACACGGAACUGGCCAAUGGGAAGGUGGAUUUCGGAAAGUUACUGAACUGUGGGGAAAAGGAGGCGAAGGAAAAGGCUAGUGGUGCGAGCGAGGAGGACGUCCUGGCAUCCGACAUUCCUGACGACGAAAUACCGUUCAUCGACGGAGUGACGCUGGAUGGGUACAAGCUACUGAAGGGCAGUACAGUUUCAUUGCGAGGCUCAAGUGUCGCGGAUCACCUUGGACGUCAGGUAGCGGAAGAUCAGGCCGAGGGAAGCAUUUCGUGGCGUAUCUGGACCACAUACUUCCUCUCGGGAGGAAACAUUCUGAUGCUGUUGUUCACCUUGCUCAUGCUGCUCCUUUCGCAAGCGAUCGUCAGUGGAUCGGAUUACUUCGUUACCUACUGGACACGCCAGGAAGAGAAACGGCUCGUGGAUGAGGAUGCCGUCCACACGUCGACGGUUGAUUUUCUGUACACGUACGGCGUGAUUAUCAUCGGUGUUGUCGUUUUCACGAUCUUCCGCGGGUAUCUCUUCUUCAACAUCUGCAUGAAAGCAUCACGCAAUCUGCACGAUCGGAUGUUCGCCAAGAUUCUGUCCGCACCGAUGCGCUUCUUUGACAUCAAUCCAUCGGGUCGCAUUCUGAAUCGCUUCUCGAAGGACAUGGGCGCGAUCGACGAACUACUACCGAAGGCAAUGAUCGAAGCCAUCCAGAUACUGUUGGUGAUGAUCGGUAUCCUCACGAUGAUUACGAUCGUCAAUCCGUUACUGCUGGUACCUUUGUUCGGGGCGGUGCUCCUCUACGCAGUCGCCCUCAAGCUUUACCUUCGUCCGAUACAGGAUCUUAAGCGUCUCGAGGGUAUCACGCGGAGUCCGGUGUUUUCUCAUCUUUCCGCCACACUGACGGGGCUUUCGACCAUCCGAGCGAGCAAUGCACAGGAAAAAAUUCGGGAGGAAUUCGACGAACUACAGAACGUGCACUCGGCCGUGUGGCAGUUAACGAUGGCCAGCAAUGCGGCGCUAGGUUUAUGGUUGGAUUGCAUCAGUACGGCGUUUGUGGCUUGCGUUACCUUCAGCUUCAUCGUGCUUCACCAAAAUACUUACAGUGCAAACGUUGGCUUGGCCAUUUCACAAGCCCUAAUCCUGACCGGUAUGGUGCAGUACGGUAUUCGGCAGACGACGGAAUCGAUCCAGCAGAUGACGGCCGUGGAGCGUGUCGUGCAGUACACGGAAAUCCCCUCGGAACAAAACCCCCCGAAAGUACCACCGGGAGAUUGGCCGUGGAAGGGGCAGGUACAAUUACACAAUAUGUCACUCUGUUACGAGCCAAACGCUCCGCCGGUACUCAAAAACCUGGAGCUCAUCAUCGAGCCGACGUGGAAAGUAGGCAUCGUUGGGCGAACCGGUGCUGGCAAGUCGUCACUAAUCGGUGCCCUGUUCCGAUUGGCACGCAUCGAGGGUCGCAUCAUGAUCGACGGCAUCGACACGGGGGUGAUCGCGUUGGAGGCGCUGCGAUCGAAAAUAUCGAUCAUCCCACAGGAUCCCGUCCUGUUUAGUGCCACGAUUCGCUACAAUCUGGAUCCAUUCAGCCUGUACGACGACGAUAUGCUAUGGCGUGCGAUCGGUGAGGUCGAGCUGCGCUCGUCCAUCAACGGACUGGACUAUAUGGUGACGGAAGGGGGCACCAAUUUCAGCGUUGGCCAGCGCCAACUUAUCUGCCUGGCGAGAGCGAUUUUGCGGAACAACAAAAUCCUGGUGCUCGAUGAAGCGACGGCCAACGUUGAUCCACAGACCGACGCUUUGAUACAGAAAACGAUUCGGGAAAAGUUUAAACAUUGCACCGUGCUGACGGUGGCUCAUCGGCUCCACACGGUAAUGGACUCUGACCGGAUACUCGUAAUGGAUGCAGGUGUAGCACGUGAGUUCAACACACCGCACGAAUUGCUGCAGCAGGACGGCAGUAUCCUGAAGGACAUGGUCGAAGCGACCGGAGCCUCCGAAGCGGAAUCUCUGAGGCGCAUUGCCGCGGAAGCGUUCGAAAGUAAUUUCCCGCAAUCCGGACAAUUAUUGUCGCGAAACCAAGGAUGA